AUGGCAAGCACGCAGUUUCCGAAAUUCAGUGGAAAGGUAACUAAACGCGGUGAUGUUGACUACGAGGCUCAGAGCUAUCAGUAUGCAUCGAGCUCAUACUUGAAAGAGGGAAUCAUUCAACCGGCGGCUAUUAUAAAUGCAGCAGACGAAAGCGAUGUGAUCAAAGCCAUCAAGUAUGCGAAAGACAACAACAUCGCUGUGGCCAUACGCACAGGAGGUCAUCAAUACAGCGGCGCAUCGUCCACAAGUGGGAAAAACAUUCAACUCGAUUUAUCCUAUACAUACAGGGAUUUUACUUGGGAGAAUGAUGAUUGCACGAUAGUGACGCUCGGUGUCAGCUUCUCGUUGGACGAGUUCAAUAAAAGCCUUGGAGGAAAGAAACGAUUUGUGCCACACGGUCAAUGCCAAAACGUCCAUGUGGGUGGACAUCUCCAUACUGGAGGAUACGGUCAGUUGGGCAGAAGUUUCGGGCUCUUUUCGGAUCACAUCAUAAAAUUCCGCAUUAUUACCGCCGACGGUGAACCGCGUUGGGUUAAGCGCGGCGAGGUCGGGGACGCGGAUUUGUUUUAUGCCGUGUUGGGUGGGAGUCCUGGAAAUUUUGGUGUGAUUACCCAUAUCACGCUGCAGGUUCACAGAGACGAAGACUACCCGAAUUCUCGCGGUUUCAGAGCCGUAUACCCAUGGGGCCGCCAUCGUCUCCAAGCCUUGUUGGAUGUCAUGGUGGAAAUGGCCGAAGAUGAAAACUUCCCAGGCGAUUUCGACUAUUGUGUCACGGUAUUGAGCGAGCCGCUGUCUUCGACCCUCGAGGAAGAAAUAGAAACAAACUAUGACAAGAAAUUCCGUAAACAAGAUCCAGUAGUAGUUUGGUGCCCGGUAAUCUUUGUUUUCGUGCAAUGGGCAAAUUUGCAAGGAGCUCAGCAAGAAUACGACCCAACCUUCGUCCAUAAAGUUAAGCAUGCCGGUGGGUCAAUAAGGCAUGUCGAAGUCCACGACACGAAGCACGUACCAAUUUCUCAGUUGACCCGCCACUGGAUUUUCCCAAUCGCACGGGAGUUCGAACUUCCGUACAUCAAGCGUACAUACACGUCCAAUUCCAAGUCUCAGAGGCUCAAGGAUCUCAAGUGGUCGGAGUUGAUUUCCCGUCAAAUCGACGGUGUCGAACACGGAGUCAGUGUGUCAGCACAAUUUCAGCAUUUUGGUGGCUCCAAGUCGCGAUUCCACCUGAACGGAGUCAACAGUCCCACGUCGUUCAGUUGGCGAGACACAAACAUUAGCUACACGAUAGAUGCUUUUUACAACCACGACCACCAACACGAGAGGGCGAUAAAGUGGCAGCAAGGAAACGACAAGUUGGUUGGAAAGCCAGACGCAGCAUUCUGCGAGCAUGAUCGUCGCGUUUUGUGGGGUUCGCACGAUUUGGACUUGAGUGCCAAUAAGGAGUAUUAUUACGACAAACACCCAGAAGGAAAGUACGAACGACUGUGCGAAAUCAAGAAAAGGCAUGACCCGACGGGCGUGUUCACUCCAAACAGAUUUUGCAUCGGUCUCCCAGUUCCAGAUCCAGCAGGGGGCGUGUCUUCGGCUUCCAAGUUUGAAGCGCAGCCUGCUACUGUUAGAAUCAAGCACGCUGGUUUGGAGAUCAUAGAGAAAGUAGCCGCUGUCAUAGAAAUGAGCGUUGAAGAUAAAUUUUGGAAAUUGACGUCGAUGAAGCGCGAGGAAGGCAAGCCUGUUCCUCUGUGGGAUACAUGGAAAGUUGAAGGUCAUGAUGAGAUAGAGACGGAAUCCUGA